AUGGAGCCGGGUUUUCCGGUGCACUUAUUUUCGGACAUUCUCACAGCAGCGUCUAAAGCAGCUACGAAACUCAAGAACGUCGACGUGAACCUUGAUCUGGUUGAUGCUCGUUUGAAGGAAAUGGUCAAUACUGGAUGUGAAGAACUCGUGAAUGGUGCAUCAGACCACGCCUUGGACAUAAUACUUCAAGGACGGCAUGGUUACUGGCGAAGUGUGCAGAGCAUGAGCCAGCUCUCGCUUAAUGAUUCAAGUAAUGACCAGCGAACAUCUCGUGAUCCGGAAGGAACAUCGUCUGGCAGACCGGCUAACGACGGAGAGAUGCGCCUAGUGGCAGCAAGAUCAAUGCUUGAAUCGAUACGGACGACGCAAGACCAUGGCAACAGAUUCGCUCCAUCCAUUCUCAGCCCUCGCUCAUUUGCAGAAGUAGCAUCGCCUACUGGAACGGCUGAACCCAGCGCAUUGGCACAGGCAUCUGAUUCCACCAACAAUAGUUCCAAGGCCCUAGAUGAGUCUCAGGCUGAAAGGUCCGGGAAAGACCCCGUUAGUUAUGGCACACCAGAUCGACCUUUUGGCACAAGAAGGAGAAGGUCAAGCAUGAACGACGAGCCACCUCCUGAAUUUCUAUGUCCUAUCACAUGCGAACUGAUGGCGGAUCCAGUCAUGGUUGUCACGGGACAAACUUAUGAGAGGAGCUCCAUCAGACAGUGGAUAAGUGAGGGCCAUCGUACAUGCCCUAUUACGAGGAUGCCUCUUGGGAACAUUGAGCUGGUGCCUAACUAUGCACUGCGAAACGCCAUUCGAGCUUGGGCACAAAAGCGGGGCAUCGAGAAACGGCAGCAAGAUGCAUCCGCUUUCUUUCCAGGAGCAACAACCCGAUCAUUACACAAGGUUCUGCAGCAGCUAUCCCAGCUUUGGUCCGACUACUUUCUGUGGGGUCUCAAGCUGCAAAGGAGGCCGCAUGUGGCGCGCUUGUCAACCUCUCAGCCAAGACGGAUGUCAACAAGUUCCAAAUUGCAGUUGCUGGAGGAGUACUUCCACUAG